GACAAGGAGCUUAAAGGGGAAUGCUGCUCAUUCAUCUUCACACUCUUCACACUGACCAUUACCCACCAAGCAUAUAGUGAGAGCUUGAGACUAAUUUGGCAGCGUUUGUAAACAAUUUCUACCAUUGAGCAUUUUUUCUUUUUUUUUUUUUUUUGUGUGGAAAACUCAAAUUGUUGUUAAAGAUUCCAAAAUUUGAAUUGUCAUAAUAGUUUAUUGCUCAUUUACCAACUGUAAAGAUUCCUAAAGUUUGAAUAGAUCAUAGUUUUCUAUGGACUAUUCAGUGAGACAGGUUCCCCUUUACAUGAAUAGGCGUGCUUCCACUGAGAUUUGGGAUUCUUUUUAAGGAACAGAUUUUAAGCUAUAAUCAUUGAGAACUGCAUAGAAAUGUGAGGACACAACAACGAGGAACGAUUAAAGCAGACUGCAAAUUGUGCUCAAUAUCAUUCCUAGUGGCAGCGGCAAGUGUCUACAGGUGUCGUUUAGAGAAAAGAAUGUGAAUGAGAAUAGUGUCAAAAGCAGUGUAAGGAAUAUAAUUGAUUUACAUUGGAUUUUCUGUAAUUGAAACUAUACAUUACCAAGUAUUUUACUUGCAGCUGUACAUUAAAGUUUUUUUUGCUGUUAGUUGAACAAAUUGAACAAAACCCCAUAUGUUGAUCCAACUAAAGAGAGCACAGGUAAAGCAUAGCUAACAAUAUAGAGAUGACUAGUAGCCUAAAUUCAUGAAUCUGCACACCUGCUUGUUUUGUGGCCACUAUUAAUCUAAAAUGUAUCUAUUUAAAAUAAACUAUGACCCAAGAACUAUAGGUGCUGGCUCCUCAGGUGAAAAUACAUCUAAAAUCCUUUUGUUCCUGAAAAAGGUUCUUGCAGUGAAAAUGCGCCUAAAUGGGUAUUUCAGAGUGCUCCGGCAUUGUGAGGCUGUAGUUAUGGAGGUGUGUCUUAACCUCUCUAAGCACAGUAUGGCUCUCUCAUAUUUGUUUGUCCUGUUGUCUUUCUCUCUGUUUCUGUUCUUCUGUUCCUUUCUGUUUCUGUUCUUUUUUUGCCUGCUGCCUGUCUGGUCUGCAUCUUUGCAUCCUGAGAGAGAAGAAUGGGGAGAUCCCAAUUUGGUGAAGCUCAAUGUCGCUAUUACGUGUGGCUACCUGCUUUACGACCUUCUGCUGCUAGCCUGCAACUGGAGCACCAUGGGAGACAGCUUUUUUGUCUGCCACCACUUGGCGGCACUCUAUGCAUAUGGAUAUGUUCUGACACGUGGGGUGCUACCGUAUUUUGCAAACUUCCGCCUUAUUUCGGAAUUAUCAACACCAUUUGUGAACCAAAGGUGGUUCUUUGAGUCGCUGGCUUACCCUCGAUCUCACAGGCUGGUGGUGGCUAACGGUGUGGCCAUGGCCAUUGCCUUCUUCCUGGUGCGCAUCGCUGUGAUGCCGCCGUACUGGGUCAAAGUGUUUGCCACUUUCGGUACACCCGCUUUCGAGAGGCUCGGCCUGGGCGCGCAGGUGGCCUGGAUCGUCUCCUGCAUUUGUCUGGAUGUGCUAAACGUCGUAUGGAUGUACAAAAUCGCCCGUGGCUGCUACAGGGUUAUCACUGGAACGAGUGGCAAGAAAAAGGUUGACAAGGCGAGCGCCGAUGAGUUCAAUCAUGUCAACAAUCAUAUGGAUUGAACAACGCAGGCCAUAAGCAGGGGACUGAAUCGAAAAGUGGCAUACUGAACCACGGUUUUAGAUUUUAGUCUUCCCUGCCAGACCAGAAACAUGCUGCUUAUUUGUGAGCUUGCUCUACAAUGGAGAGAGAAAGAGAGUGUGUGGAUUGUGUUUUCUGUUGCCUGGGUUGAAGAUCAUUAAGAGGCACUGUGGGAAUGAACAUCAACAAGCAUCCAGUAUAGACCUCUAUUGCUUCAGCCACAAGUGCCUCAAAACCCAAGGACCAGAAAUGGAACAUAGAGAUACUUUGAAUUAUGAAUGCUACCUUGUAUAGAUUUACUUGUCAAUUGUCUGACAGAUGUACCACCUCGUGGGGUCUUCCCUGUUUUUAGACACAGUGAGCAUUCACUCAAACACACCACUGUGCCUCUUACUUACAGGUCUUGGAGCCUUUUACUUCGAAACUAUCUCUGAUAAAUAAUUUUUUUUUUUGAAUGCCCAACUUUUAGUGUCUAGCCCAUUAUAUAUCUCUCUCUCUCUUUUUUUUUUUAAACACUAAAAGCUUACAGCUUCUCUUAAUGCCACACCAGGUUUGUCAAUUUCAGCCACCACUGUAUCCUCAGAUCUAAUCCAUCCAUUCAAAAUCUCAUCUCUACCUCUCUUUCUUGGCAACAAGGCUCUUAUUACUGACUGAAAUAGACGCAGCAAGAACUCCAAUCCUGAUAUGUCAUAAUCUGAUAGAUUCCCUGCACCUAGUAUGCUUGGUAUACUGUCCAUGCCUCCCUGGGAACCUUUCACAAACCAUUGUGGCUCUGGCACUGUGUUUUCACUUAAUGGGGUGUGAAAAAUGAAAUAAGAGGUCCUGCAGGUGCCUUCUCCGAUGCCAGCGGAAUGCUCAUUUUCACCGUCACCUCAUUCAGGCAGUGUCAUGCUUUCAUAAAGCCUGUAUACGCAUGCAUUAGGUGCUUACUUAAGCUUGAUUUUCAGCCCAGUGCUGUUUAUCAUUUUUUUCCUUCUGCUUCAGGCAAUCUUGUCAUUCUUGGCUGAAAACCCCUCAGCAUUACUUUUUUUCCCCCCUGGAUUGAUCUCACUAGAUGAUAUUUUUCGAAUAUCAAACUUGGUGAGAGUUUUGUCAUUUCUCAUGGUGCUCCCAUUUACCAGCCAGUGCAUCUAAUUGGUACAUCCGUUUCAGCUGGCUGAGCUGAUGGCUCUAGCAUGUACAAGCUGACGUGUCUUUUAUUCAGAAUGUAUUCAGUCUGGAUGUACAUACAAUUUUUAUUUCCAACGUGUAUAUGCUGAUAGAGCCGUUUUAACCCACCAAGUCCAUGUUUGACUUAAGCACAAAAAAAAAAAAAUGCUGGACGUUUAAGUUCGGCACCGAGUGUAUGAAAAUUGUAUCAAUCCUAAAGUCAUAUUUGCUGAAAUCAUGAUUACUGAUGAUCAUGAUGAAUUACUAUUAAGUAAUGCUCAAAUGUGGGACUGUUGGGUCCAGCAACAGUUUUACCUGCUUUUAAACAUCUCUUAAGCGUGGUAAUUUACUGGCAAGUUGAAUCAGACGCUUUUCAGCAGGGGAAACUGUGCAGAAUUGUGACCCUUCAAGCCUGCACUUGUGCAGCUUUCACUAACAGUGUGGACCGUUCGAGUCCAACAAUGCAUAAACAUGGCAAUACAUUUGCUUCCUAUUAGAAAUAUUAAGAUCUGUUUGAACACCAAGCAUGACUGCUACUUUUCCUGUGAAUUUGGAAGCGACACAUUACUUAGUUGAGUACCUUCGUAAAAAUUCAUUCUGUUUGAGCGAAUUUAUACCGAGUUAUGAAUACGGGGUUCCUGUUUGUCUUAUUAAUUGAUGCAGUGCUUUCUUUCCUUUGUAUUACAAGAUAAUAUAACCCGAAUGAGAGUCAGUAUUUUGCCUUGGAAAAAAAAAGCAUGUAUGGCUCCCAAAUGUUUGGAAUUAUAUAUAAUUAUGCACUCAGAAAUAUUGCCAGAACAUCCUGUGGGGUCAUGAGAGGGUUUCAUUGCCUUGCAUUACCUCUGUCAGAGUCUUUUCCAGACCUUCAGUACUUAAAGCUGUGACUAGAAUCGGUACAAUUAUUAUACCUUGUUUUGAGCUGUGAGAGCAAAUGUUUUUUUUCCUUUUUUUUUUUUUCUCUCGACAUAAACUGUGGGGCAAUGGUUCGGUUCGACCAGCGGUACAGAGGGCAAGCGAUGCUAUUUUGCACGCUGCGAUGUGUAGCAUCUGUAGGAUUUCUCUUGAAAGCACCUGUGUGGGGUUGCUCGGAACGAAGAGCAAGUUUGUCCGCGUUUGACUGGAAAUCACUACUGGAGAUUGUGUACAUUUCUGUACAAGUGUAGACAAUGCAUUAAUGAAACGGAAAACCUUAUAGUAUUUGGAUGAUAGUGUUUUAAGUUGUUAUUUGCACAAGGCAUGCGUUUCAGUUAUGGGGGAGAGAUUUAUGUUCAUGUUUCUCAAUCACCUAUUGUUGGGACAAAAUCUAACUUUGCCAUCUCCUAGAUUUAAAUGGUACACCUGGUACAGCUAGCCUUCAGUAGCUGUAAAUUUAGCACAGGGCAUUAGUAUUAGUAUCUCUUUUUUUUUUUUUUUUUUACUUUUUUGCAUCUUAAGAAAGAAAACUCAAUGAAAUGUUGUCAUGCUGCAUGCAUAAAAUAUAAAAAUAAUUAUUCUCGAUUAUCUUGAGUUUCUCUCAGUGAUUUUCACGUUGUGCAAUUGUUUUCAUGGCCAGGCACAUCCAGAGUAAUCAGAUUAUAUAUGGAAUGUGGAAGAAAAGUAAUUGUAUUUCUGGUGGAAUAAAAAUCUCAAGACUUAAGCCAGCAAUAAUAAAUAAUGAAAAUGAAUGAGUAAAAGUAUAAAAAGAAUAAUAAUGAUUGUACUUCAUUUAGCAUUUAACUCCCUUUUAUCGUCUUUUAUUGUAACAUGUAUAUUUCCCAUUUGUUUUGAGCAGGAUUUUUAACAUGAAAGUGUAAAUUAUACUGGACACUGCAAGCCUCUGUCUCCAAACUCAAACAGCAUGACUACAACAUGACGGCGGUCGUGUCUUACUUGAAAGUGUCGCUUUUCAAUAAAUCCCAGGGCAUUGAAAACUCAAA